UAAAUGUAUCCAUCAUUGGCUUUUGUGAGUUGUGUGCUAAGGCGAUUGAGAGUGAGAGUGCAGAGUGCAGUGUAUCGGGGAGAGGGCUCUGUUUUUAUGUAUCUGCACCACCGUCUGCAUCAUCAUCAUCGCUGUUUGAAGUGAAGAUGUCUGUGUCUCAUUCCAGUCAACGGACCUUUUCCUACGUCGCACAACAUCUCUAUUUUUCAUUUUAGGCUGGCUUGUUGCUCCGGUCCGUUUCCAUGCUAAUGUGCGCAUUCUAUUCACGCUCCCAUUUAAAAUAGAGCUUCGAUCAGCAGAGCCUUGAUGGGCGCAUUUGGCCGACCCUAUCUGAUGCUAGCCUUCUACAAGCUCUUUUGGAUCAUCUUCACAUAUCUGGGCGCCUACUUCUUUGUUAAGCGACUCAUCAGCUUCGUGGAAUCCGCGCCUGCAAACGAGAGUAACACAAGGUCCCUGACUGAGGGCUAUCUCUAUGCCCUCGGGAUCUUCCUGACCUGCAUCGGCAGCAGUGUGUGUAUCCAGCAGGUCAUGGCAGAGUGCACGCGUAUCGGAGUUCAGGUGCGGGCUGGUCUCAUGGUAUUAAUCUAUCGCAAAUCGCUCAAGCUGUCCUCGGCGCACGGCGGCAUUAGCAACAUCAUUAAUCUCAUCUCCAAUGACUGCAACCGUGUCGCCGAGUCCUUUGUCAACUUUCAUUUCCUCUGGAGCUCUGCCUUGGAGAUUUUAGUCGUGAUUGCCUUGGCUUUUGUCGAGCUUCACAUUGCCGCUGUUCCGGCCUUGGUUAUCCUCAUUUUGCUGUUCCCUGUGCAGUAUCUUCUCUCUUUUUACACCGCCCGCAUCAAUGCCAUGGCCACUAUUUCGACGACUGCUAGGAUCCAUAUCAUGUCCGAGCUUCUAACAGCCAUUAAGCUGAUCAAGUUUUAUGCAUGGGAGUCGUACUUCAGGGAUCGAGUGACGCGCGUGCGAGCCAAGGAGAUGAGAGAGCUCCGUCGCGGAAUGUACCUGAAAAUUACCUCGUUUGCGCUCGUGUUCGCAGCUCCAGUCGUGACAACUUUGGCCUGUAUCUGCGUUUAUGAGCUCAGCGACAGCCGAGGCCUUCGGGGCGACAUCAAAGCGAGUGUUGUUUUCACAACACUAUCCCUUUUCAACACCCUGCGGUACCCAUUGAUCAUGCUCCCUAUUGCUGUCAAGACGACACUGGGCGCAUUGCUCAGUUUUGAUCGACUUGACGGUUUCUUGCGCCUCCCAGAAGUGGAGCCUCUUCCCGUCCAUGGUGAAGCUGACACUGUGCAUUCAGGAAGGAGCGGCUCAGGGUCGUCUCAUAUCGUGGCGGAUGGAUUGGUGAUGAACGGCUCUACGAGCGGUAGUGGAGAUGCCAAAGAGAUGGAGCGUCUGGCGCUUCGCCGCGAGAUUUCCCGCCUUCGAAUCUAUAUCAAGGAUGCAGAUUUCGGCUGGCCAGAAUCUCAAGAGUCCAAUCCAACAUUGAAAUUCAUCAGUAUGAGCGUUAAACCUGGGGAGCUGGUAGCAAUUGUGGGAGACGUUGGGUCCGGCAAAUCCUCAACGCUGGCGGCUAUCAUGGGGCAGAUUAAGCUGGUGGCAGGAGACCGUGCAGUUCAUGGGACAUUAGCCUAUGUGCCUCACGAUGCGUGGUUGGUGAAUGCAAGUCUCAAGGAAAACAUUCUGUUCGGCUCGCCUUUUAACCGCCAAAAGUACAACGACAUUCUCCGCGUUUGCGCCCUCAAUCGCGACUUGACACUUCUGAGUGCAGGAGACGAGACCGAGAUUGGAGAGCGCGGAAUCAACCUGAGCCAGGGACAGCGACAACGCAUCAGUUUGGCGCGUGCGGUUUAUUCGGAUGCAGAUAUCAUGCUGUUGGAUGAUCCACUCAGCGGCAUGGACGCUCAGAUCGGCAAGCAUAUUUUCCAGGAGUGCAUCAAAGGAUUCCUGGCCGGCAAGACUGUUGUGUAUGUCACCAAUCAGCUCCAACAUCUUGGCGACUGCGAUCACAUUAUUGUCAUGAAGGCCGGCUCCAUUGAAGCACAAGGCACAUUUGAUGAGCUCAUGGCCAAGGAUGUUAAUCUCGCUCGUAUUGUCGAGGAGUCCAUGGAGAUCGAAGACCCGGACCAAAUCCAGGAGUUGACGAGCGAGAUUAGAUUGGAGCCAACAGCGACCGACAUGGAUACAGGAUCGGCAUCUGUUCCCACAGGUCCCACAAUGGAAAAGGGAUACGACAGUCAUUUGACCAUCCCCAGGAACGUGACCAUUCACCGCAGCUCUUCUGGAAAGAAUGCCACUUCACGUUUGGCCGGCUCUGAGGCCACGGAGGGCGAGAGCGAAGAACUUAGCACUAUCAAUGUCCAUGGACGUCCCAGCAUCAGCAAGAGUGGAAAACUCUCUGCCGGCACCACUUCAGUCCACAGUCGCCCCAACUUGCUCUCUCAGCGUUCUCAUUCAAUGUCAAACCCAGGGACACCCAACACCAACUAUGCUGCAGCAAACGAGCACACCAUUCACCGCCUCAGGGAGCUGAACGCACACACAAUACAAAAUCAGAUGAUCAACGAGCAGACCAUUUCCAGAAUGAUUGAGCGUAAUCAGAUGACAAUCCUCGGAAGUAUGGGGCAAAAUCGGCUCACUACUAUCCCAACAAACCGCGAAGAGAACUCUAUGGCGAGGGCUGUCGAGAGGAACCAGCUGACAAUUCACAGCCUGAGUGGUCGGGAGGGCGGCAUGCUUGGAGGUGGACGCGGUGAGCGGCUGGAUUUGGGAUAUGGUGUCAAGAGCAGAGAUGUUGUUUCCGGCUGGUCUGUCGCCAAGGCCUAUCUUCGGAAAGGGACUGGAAUGGGAGUCUCGAUUGCUGUCGCCCUGGUUUUCUUAGCCACCCAUGGUCUGCGUAUAUUCUCAGACUACUGGUUGCGCUUUACUGUCGGACCCGAUCCCAAGCCCGACUUCAACUACUAUCUCGGAGUCUAUGGAGGACUUGUUGGCGCCGUGGUCAUCGGAGCGUACGCCCGCGCCUUCUUCCUGUCGAUGGUCGUCUUUAAAAAGUCACUCACUUACCACGACCGUAUCUUCCGCAAGAUUCUGCAUGCACCCAUGAGCUAUUUCGAUGUGACGCCUCUUGCCAGGAUCUUGAACGCGUUCGCAAAGCACCUGUAUGUUGUCGACGAGAUGUUACCCGACGCAAUCCUUCAGAUGCUGCAGUACAUGCCCCUGGCCAUUGGUACUACCAUCCUCGUUAUCGUGAUCGUCCCCUGGUCAGCCGUUGCCGUCGUUGUUUUACUGGUGCUUGUCUGGGUCUUGAUUCGCUUUUCAUCAUACACCGACGAGCAGCUCAGGAGCAUGGAGGCAAUGACCAAGGGUCCCAUCUUUGCGCACAUGGCUGCGACGCUUGAUGGCCUGUUUUCGAUCCGAAUCUAUGGUGCAGAGAUGCGGUUCGACGCAUUCAACCUAAGCAAGAUUGACGACAAUCACAAGGCGUUCUUUGCUGUCAUGCAAGUCCGGUCCUGGCUGGCCCUCUACUUGGACAUUGUCUCAUCCAUUUUUGUGCUAGUGACCGCUAUGCUUGUGGUCUACUUCUCGCAGGAUGGCUCCCUGGACGCUUCACAAGUCGGAUUGGCAAUCACGAACGCUCUUCAGCUGCUGAUAUUUGUCCAAUGGUCUGUUCGCAUGUCUGCGGAGGUCAAAGGAACCAAGGAGUCCGUCUGCCAAUUGGAGCUAUACGGUAUGAACAUCCCAGCCGAGGCUCCCGAUCACAUUCCUGAGACACAGCCGCCCAUCGACUGGCCCAGCCAGGGUGAAAUCGAGUUUAAGAAGGUUGUCCUUAGAUACCAAAACUAUGGAGUGGCCGUGCUGAAGAAGGUCAGCUUCAUUGUCCAACCAGGCCAGAAGAUCGGCGUGGUCGGAAAGAUGGGCAGUGGCAAGACGACGCUGCUAAUAUCACUUCUGCGUGUAGUUGAGGCUGCGGAGGGCAAGAUUUUGAUCGACAAUGUGGACGUACGUGAGAUUGGUCUGCAUGAUCUACGAAGCAAGAUUGCUAUCAUUCCCCAGGAACCGGUUCUUUUUGUGGGCACAAUUCGAUCGAAUCUCGACCCCUUUCAUCGCAGAACAGAUCAGGAAAUUUGGGCAGCGCUGGACGCCGUACAUUUGUCAGAAAACAUCAAGCAAAACAUGCCGUUGAAGCUGGAGACACCAAUCAUCGAGAAUGGGCGUAAUUUCUCGCUGGGUCAGCGACAGCUAUUUUGUAUCGCACGCGCUAUCCUAUUUCAGAGCAGGAUCUUGGUCCUUGAUGAGGCAACAAGUGCUGUCGACCUGCAGACUGAUCUUUUGAUUCAGGAGACCAUCAAGAAGAACUUUGCCAACUGCACCAUUUUGAUGAUUGCUCAUCGACUCAAUACAAUUAUCGAGUGCGACAAGAUUCUGGUAAUGGAAGAUGGGCGUGUGGUUGAGUUUGAACACCCGACAAAGUUGAUCGAGAAUAAGGAUGGCUAUUUCCAUAGUCUUGUGAGUCAGUCAGGUCCUGACUCUGUCGCUCGUCUCAAGGUCAUGCUGAGGGAACAUGGGCAGACGGUUGAUGGUGAACCACCAAUUGUUGUGAACGGACCCUCUCAGCAACACGCCACGACGUUAGGAACCCAGCUCCCAGAGACAGUAUCCGAGGUCUGUGAGGAGGACGGAAAGCCCUCAUUAGAAUCAUUAGCGAAGCAUUCAGCCGUGCCCUCGAUAUCCAUCGCAGCCCCACAGGAAGGCUCUGUAACAGACACAAGCAGCAGAUCAUCCUCGACAAGUAGUCUCGAUCGAGGAAGUGGAGCUAACACUGCUGGGGAGGGGACAUCCUUGGCGACUCCUAUGACGAGAGCGGGUAGCAUCAGUACCUCCGGUGCUCCAGUCGCUACUGCGACUGUCUCCUCAACUGUGCACCACAUGCCGCGGUCAUUGGAGGACGUAUUUGCACCGCGCACCGUGCCCAGUGUCCCGGCAAGGAAAGAGGAAUAGGAGCCACCAUAGAACAAUACUAGCCAUAUAGUGUAUCCGAACCUCUGUGUUUUCGCAAUUGAAGCUCUUUUUGCAAUCGGAGUGAACGUUCUCCUGAUCGCAUGAACAAUGAGG